ACAUCUCUUCCAUUACACAAAGAAGUCUUUAUAACUCUCUUUACCUCCAUUCCAUUCCAUGCCACAGUGCGAGAAACACAAACCUUGCCAUGGCCGUAGACAUUUGCUUCUUUGCUUUGGCAGCGUGUAUCUGUGCCUACUUUCUCUUCCCUAGAAAACCGACGAACCUUCCACCGGGCCCGACGGGCUUACCCAUCAUCGGCUCGCUGCUGCAUCUCGGCCGCAAGCCCAACGAAUCGCUCUUCGAGCUUUCUCGAAGGUAUGGGCCCAUAAUGUGCUUGCGCCUUGGCUCAAGAACGACCAUCGUGGUCUCCACGGCGAUGGCGGCAGAAGAGGUUCUGCAGAAGCAUGAUCAAGCUUUCGCCGGCCGAACCGUCGUCGACGCAGUGAGGACACCCGGCCACGUCGAGGGGUCGCUUGUGUGGAACCAACAAGGACCCAAGUGGCGAGAGUUGAGACGGAUAUGCAACAUGGAGAUGUUUGCAUCCAGGAGACUGGAGGCGUCGAGGGGUCUGCGAGAGCAGAAGAUGCGCGUCCUCAUCGACCACAUCGGAGCCGCAUGUGCCGAGGGGCGGCCAGUUGACAUCGGCAAGUGCGCCUUCACUACGACCCUGAACUUGGUCUCCAACUCCAUAUUCUCGCAAGAUGUGGUGGACCUGGGGUCGGAGUCGGCCGGAGAGUUUAAGAGCUUGGUGUGGGACAUCCUAGAAGCGGCUGGGACUCCCAACCUCGCCGACUACUUCCCGGCGCUGAGAGUGGUCGAUCCGCAGGGCCUACGACGCAGAAUAACUGUCAGCUUUCAGCGACUCCAUGCCUUCUUUGAGGAGAUGAUCGACAGGCGGUUGGAGUCCUAUGCUGCGAAAGGGCAGAAGAAGGACCAAGAUUUCCUCGAUGCCCUUCUUCAGCAUGUGACACAUUCAGCUGGAAAGCUCACUGUGAAUGAUUUCAAGCCUUUGUUGGUGGACAUGUUUGUAGCGGGGAGCGAUACGAGCUCAGUCACAGUGGAGUGGGCGAUGGCCGAAUUGAUGAAGCACCCAGAAAAAAUGGCCGUGGCUCGAUCAGAAAUAUUAGACGCUAUCACCUGCAAGGGCCGCACCGUGGAAGAGUCGGAUAUCCCGAACCUCCCUUACCUGCAGGCGGUGGUGAAAGAGACGCUGAGACUGCACCCACCGGUUCCUCUGCUCAUACCACACAGAGCGGAUGAAGAAGUGGAGGUGGGCGGCUUUACCAUACCCAAACACGCGCAGGUGCUGGUUAAUGAAUGGGGCAUCUGCAGAGAUUCUGGGUCGUGGGACGACCCCAAUGCGUUCCUUCCAGACAGAUUUCUGGCGUCGGACAUAAAUUUCAAGGGUCAACAUUUCCAGUUCAUUCCUUUUGGAGCCGGAAGGAGGAUUUGCCCGGGCCUGCCGUUGGCCUUCCGCAUGAUUCACCUCAUGCUGGCCUCUCUCCUUUACCACUUUUCUUGGAGGCUUCCUGAUGGUAUAGAACCGGACCAACUGGACAUGGGUGACAAGUUCGGGGUUACCUUGCAGAAGGCAAUACCUCUAACCCUCAUUCCCUCCUUGUAGUUGCAGGCCUUCGUCUCUUCCUUUGGUCUCAGCGGUCGUUUAAUAACUCUCCAAUGAGACCGAAGAGACAGGAAGCCAUGUUCACCACACCAUUGAACCACUGUCGUCUCUAUCUUGUCAAUGGUGUUUUAUGUCCUACUUGCAGUUGUAGGAACACAACACUCUGUCCUUUAUUUUCUGUCUUUAUUUUGCAUCCAUUUGCUCUGUCUCUCCUGUCCAUUUCCUCUCGUGUUUGCUUUCUAUUUUGUCAGUUCCCUCUAUUGUUAUCUAUUUUGUCUCUCUUAUUCAUUA